AUGUGUUGCCAAUGUAAUGGUUGUGUUAAGAAAGUUAUCAAAUCCAUUUUAAGUUUUGAAGGUGUUGGGAAAACUCAAAGAGAUAGCGCAACAAGCGAGAUAACUGUGAUAGGAAAUAGAGUUGAUCCAGUAAAACUAAGAGGAUAUAUUGCACUAAAAACUAAAAAGAAAGUUGAACUUAUUUCCCCUCUUCCUAAGAAACCAGAAAAGGAAACACCAAAGAAGAAGAAAGUUGUCAAAAGGCAGGCGCCUCAAAUGAUGAGUACUGUUAUUUUGAAGAUUAAUUUACAUUGUGCUGACUGUAUUAACAAAAUUGAGAACCUUAUGAUGACGAAAUUCGAAGGAGUUGAUCGUGAUUCGUUCCGCGUUGCUAAGGCCAAGAAUUUAGUAACGGUGAAAGGAACAAUGAAUGUUACAGAACUCACAACUUAUUUGAAACAAAAACUCAAAAGAGAUGUUCAUAUUUUUCCGGCUGAGGGAGGAGCUGCUAAAAUAUGA